AAAUAGAUAAAGUAAAAAUGAGAUAAAAUAGAACAAAAUAAAUAAAAGAAAAAGCUAAACCACCUAAAGAAAGAGGGGCUUGCUGCAGCGUUGAUGGGCGCCGGACGGACAGUGGCCGGCGUCGGGUACUGCAGGUCCGUGACGGCAAGGUGGCGCGGGAGGUGCAGGCACGGGCGUCGGGUCGAGCAGCGAGAGGGCUCGCGGGCGUUGCGGGUCGCAGGCUGCUGCACAGCGAUGCUCGCGGGUGCUGGUGCGCGGAGCAGGGGCGGAUGUCGAGGCAGAGACCGGCGGAGGGCGAUUUGCAGAGGUGGGUCGUGUACGGAUCGGGACCUGCUGUCUUUGGGGGCCACGGCGUCGAGCACGGCAAGAACAAGGAGAUCGGCAAGCAGCAGGGUCGCGAGUCGCAACGAUGGUGGUGAGCAGUGGCGUCGGGGUGAGCUCGCGGGUGCAGAGGCGCGGCGGCGUCGGUUGCUGCAGAGGCGGAGUCGCGCUGGCUGAGGCGCGACGAGUGCCGGGCGGUCUGAGACCCGAUCGUCGGACUGCUGGCGUUGGGUUCGCAGAUCGCGGUGGUGCUCGUGCGGAGAUGCGGUGGGCUUCGGAGCGAGGCGGUUCUAGUGCGGCGACCAGUAGCGACGAACGGGUGAGCUGCUGCGACGGCGCUGGUGCAGAGGCGGGGCAGCUUCGCGGACGAACGACGACGGGCUGGCGGAGGAAACACCGAUGCGGUGGCCGGCGUGGAAUCUGUGACUGGAGGCGCGGCGAAUCGGGCAGCGAGAGGAACAGCGAGGAAGAUGAACAUUUUUUUACUGCAGAAGCAAAACCUCCCUUGACCUACCUUUCUGAAUUUUUUUUCAAAGAAGCUCCCCCGGACGAAGAGAAGGCCACCCCAAUUUAUAGACAAUCAUCCCUGGCCGAUCGCCAUCCCGUGGGCGGCGGAGCCUUGGAAGCUUCUCUGUUCGGCCUAAUCCACGAUCACCACUAUUGCUCGGCCCUCCUUCGAGACCGCGCCGAGAAGGCCAAGAAAAUCGCGAUCAAGAGUGCGGCAGUGGUGUCGGAUCUGCUAGAGGAGGCGGUGAAUGGAGGGGUGCAGGAGGCCUUCCUCAAUCAAAAGCGCAUCGAGCUUGAGAUUCGCAUGCUCUCAACUCUGCCAUCAAGCCACAUGCACUACUGGAUGACCUCUGAAGAGAAUGUCGUUUCUAUACCUCCAAAUAAGGUGGCAGAGCGCAGCAAAAGAGAAGCGCCCUAUAGUAUGAUAGAAGUCCUUACCUGA